UUCUUUCAAGAUGUCUACUGUCCAUGAAAUUUUAAGCAAGCUCAGCCUUGAAGGAGAUCAUUCUCUCCCACCAAGUGCGUACGCCACGGUUAAGGCCUAUUCAAAUUUUGAUGCUGACCGGGAUGCUGCAACCCUGGAAACAGCCAUCAAGACCAAAGGUGUGGAUGAGGUCACCAUCAUCAACAUCCUGACAAACCGGAGCAAUGAACAGAGGCAGGAUAUUGCUUUUGCCUAUCAGAGGAGAACCAAAAAGGAACUUUCUGCAGCACUCAAGUCUGCUCUGUCAGGUCAUUUGGAGGCAGUGAUCUUGGGCUUGCUGAAGACACCAGCACAGUAUGAUGCCUCUGAACUGAAAGCUGCCAUGAAGGGUCUGGGAACUGAUGAAGACACACUCAUUGAAAUCAUCUGCUCACGAACAAAUCAGGAGCUUAGUGAAAUUAACAGAGUCUACAGGGAAAUGUAUAAGACAGAACUGGAAAAGGACAUUAUAUCAGACACAUCUGGUGACUUCCGCAAGCUAAUGGUUGCCCUGGCCAAGGGCAAAAGGUGUGAAGAUACCUCUGUGAUUGAUUAUGAGCUGAUUGACCAAGAUGCUAGGGAGCUCUAUGAUGCUGGUGUGAAGAGAAAGGGAACUGAUGUCCCCAAGUGGAUCAACAUUAUGACUGAAAGAAGCGUACCCCACCUGCAGAAAGUGUUUGAGAGGUACAAGAGCUACAGCCCGUAUGAUAUGCUGGAGAGCAUCAAGAAGGAGGUUAAGGGAGAUCUGGAGAAUGCCUUCCUUAAUCUUGUCCAGUGCAUUCAGAACAAGCAACUGUAUUUUGCGGACAGACUGUAUGAUUCCAUGAAGGGCAAGGGAACCCGCGACAAGGUUCUGAUCAGGAUUGUGGUCUCCCGCUGCGAGGUUGACAUGCUGAAAAUUAAGAGUGAAUUCAAGAGGAAAUACGGAAAAUCUCUCUAUUAUUUCAUCCAGCAAGACACAAAAGGGGAUUACCAGAGGGCACUGCUGAAAAGAAACCCAAAUCCAGAGACAUGCCUUUUUUGCUCUUCAUUUUACUGUAAUCAUAGAAAAAAUUGA